GAAACAUGUAAAACCCUCGUCUCCUUCCCCAAAACCCUCUCUCUCCCUCCCCCACUUUCAGAGGUGCAAAAAUGGUGGCAGUUCCAUCCAAGCCGAAGAAAUCUCAGGACGGCGCAAACCCGGUAGACAUCGAGCUCCUCAAGUCCGAUGUAGCCUCCUUUGCCUCCUCUCUCGGCCUCGCCGCCGCCUCCUCCUCCUCCGUCCCUUCUUUUGGCUUCAACGAUUCCGAUUUCCGGAAGAAGGGAUCCCUCAAGCCCCGGAGCACCAGAAAAGAAUCCAACUCUGUCGACAGAGCCCCGGACGCCAAGAGUAAGAAGCCGAAGGCCGAGAACUCGAAGGGCAAAGAUAAGCCAAAUCCUCGGCCCAAGCCGCCUGUGCUGUCGAUCGGCGACGACAGCAGCGGCCGGGGCGUGAAGGGUUCUGAUAAAUUUAGGAACUUGCCGAAGCUUCCGCUGGUCAAGGCUAGUGCUUUGGGGGUUUGGUACGAGGAUGCUGCUGAAUUGGAGGCGAAAGUGCUAGGGGAAGAAGGGAGGAAGCCAUUGCAGGUGAAUGAUGCGGAGGAGUGGAAGAGCUUUGUGGAGAAGAAGAGGGAGCUGGGCGAGAGACUGAUGGCGCAGUAUGCUGGUGAUUAUGAAUCUUCCAGAGGGCAGAGUGGGGACAUUAAAAUGCUCAUUGCAACGCAGAGGUCAGGAACGGCUCCGGACAAGGUCUCCGCUUUCUCGGUCAUGGUCGGGGACAAUCCUAUAGCCAACCUAAGGUCCCUUGAUGGGCUUGUGGGAAUGGUAACAUCGAAAGUUGGAAAACGCCAUGCAUUGACUGGCUUUGAUGUAUUGAAAGAACUAUUUGUGUCGAGUUUGUUACCCGACCGGAAGUUGAAGACCCUUUUGCAGAGGCCACUAAAGCUUCUUCUUGACACUAAGGAUGGGAAUUCCCUUCUCCUCUUUUGGUAUUGGGAAGAACGCUUAAAGCAAAGGUAUGAACGCUUUGUUUUAUCUCUUGAGGAAGCAUCAAGGGAUAUGCUGCCUAUUCUGAAAGACAAAGCCUUGAAGACCAUAUACCUAUUACUUAAAAGUAAAUCAGAGCAGGAGCGUAAGCUUUUGUCUGCUUUGGUUAACAAACUCGGAGAUCCUCAGAAUAAAGGUGCAUCCAAUGCCGAGUUUCAUUUAUCUAACCUUUUAUCGGAACAUCCAAACAUGAAGGCAGUAGUUAUUGAUGAAGUAGAUACCUUUCUUUUUCGACCACGCUUGGGAUUGCGAGCAAAACACCACGCUGUCAAUUUUCUCUGUCAAAUUCGUCUUAGUAAUAAAGGAGAUGGGCCCAAGGUGGCAAAACGGUUGAUAGAUGUCUACUUCGCCUUGUUUAAGGUGUUAGUUUCUGAGGCACGCAAUGCUCAAGAAACGGCGAACAGUGGCAAAAAAGAGCUGAAAAAGGCGUCUGCUGCUGAGGGCAAGAAGAACGAAGCAGAAAUGCAUGUCGAAUUGGAUUCAAGAAUUUUAUCUGCUCUCUUGACUGGUGUAAAUAGGGCAUUCCCUUUUGUUUCAAGCGCUGAGGCAGAUGACAUUGUUGAAGAACAAACUCCAGUACUCUUUCAGCUGGUACACUCAAAGAAUUUUAACAUAGGAGUACAAGCUUUGAUGCUUCUCGACAAAAUAUCGUCGAAGAAUCAGAUUGUCAGUGACCGGUUUUACCGUGCCUUGUACUCGAAGCUUCUACUUCCAGCUGCCAUGAACACUUCCAAGGUGGAAAUGUUCAUUGGACUUCUUCUGAGAGCAAUGAAGAAUGAUAUUAAUUUAAAGCGUGUAGCUGCCUUCUCAAAGCGUCUAUUGCAGGUCGCUUUGCAGCAGCCACCUCAAUAUGCCUGUGGAUACCUUUUUCUACUCUCCGAGCUUCUUAAGGCAAGACCCCCUUUAUGGAACAUGAUACAGCAAAAUGAGUUGGUUGAUGAAGAGCUCGAGCAUUUUGAGGAUAUCAAGGAAGAUAGUGACAAUGAGGCCGGUGUUGAGUCAAACAAACAGAAUGAUGUUAAAUCCCAUGAUGCUGAGGGGGAGAGCAGUUCUUCAGAGGAUGAGGUCUUGGAUGACGCUCCUGCCUCUAGCUCCGAUGAUGAAGCCGCAGAAGAAGGCGAUGAGUUUUUACUCAAGGAUGUUCAGGAAAAUGGUAAGGGUGGGGGCCACGAUAACAACAAGAAUCAAAUUAGCUUAGAUUCCAGCAGAUCCAUGCUUCCUGGAGGGUAUAAUCCCAGACAUAGAGAACCUUCGUACAGCAAUGCUGAUCGUGUCAGUUGGUGGGAGCUGAUGGUUCUUGCUUCGCAUGCCCACCCAUCUGUGUCUACAAUGGCGAGAACACUCCUUUCUGGGGCCCAUAUAGUUUACAACGGAAACCCUCUAAACGACUUGUCUCUCACUGCCUUCCUCGAGAAGUUAAUGGAGAAAAAACCAAAGCAGGCUACGUGGCAUGGUGGUUCUCAGAUCGAACCAGCCAAGAAGCUUGAUAUGAGCAACCAUUUAAUUGGGCCUGAGCUUCUCUCGCUUGCCGAGACCGAAGUGCCCCCGGAAGACCUAGUAUUUCACAAAUUCUAUCUGAACAAGAUGAACUCCACGAAGAAACAAAAGAAGAAGAAGAAGAAGGUGAAGGAAGAAGAAGACGCUGAGGAGUUGCUUGAUGUGGAUGGUGGGGAGAUUGAAGGUGGCGACGAGAGCGAUAAUGAAGAGAUUGAGAAUAUACUGGAUGCAGGUGAUGAUGCUUUGGAGGACGAGGAUGGGGAGUAUGACUAUGAUGACUUGGACAGGGUUGCCUUUGAUGACGACGAGGACUUGGUCGGUGAUGCCAGCGAUGCUGAGAUAGAUGUUCCCUUUGAUGUUGUUGAGGACGAAGACAUUGAUGAUGGCGAUGGCGGUAAUGAAAGUAGUGAUGGUGGUGAUGAUCUGGACAUUGGGGAUGCCGAUGAUGGCAGUGACGACAAUGAAGGAAGUCCCCCUAAAAGAAAGAGAAAAAGAAUAGGUGGGAAGAGUGGCGCGUCUCCUUUCGCCAAUCUAGAGGAAUAUGAGCACUUGUUUAAUGAGGAUUCCGAGAGCUCAAAGCCGAAGAAGGAAUCUAAGAAGGGCAAGGGCAAGGGCAAGGGCAAGAUUAAGUCCAAGUCGCGGAAGAAGAAGACGACAAAGUGAUCUACCUGAGUUUUGAGUUUCACCUCAUUGUACGAUUCUUGAAUUACGUCUUACGUCCCCUUGAAAGUCGGAGGGCCAGGCUUGCAUAAUCCCGGAACAAAAGAAAUCUUUAUAGAGGUUGCAAGCUCUUCAUAUCUAUCUAUCCUCACUUUGUUCAUCCUCGCAAUUUUGAUGGAGUUGAGAAAAUUGGUUAUAUCAGUUCUGUCAGCCUUCUUACUUCUGCUGUUAGUUUAUUUCCAACUUCAAUUACAUAUCAAA